AUGGCUCCCUUCCUCCCAUCGCUGUUUGGCGAGGGCCUGCCGCAGUAUAAGUACACGCCGAUACCGCAGGGCACCCGGACCUUUCGUCUCGCCAAGCUCCUUCCACCCGAGCCCUCCUUGAUUCCAGGUUUCGAGCCCACGCUCCGCAUCUCCAUCUUUGAAUGCGAAGCAGGCGACGACAAAGCUCCCGCGUCCCUUGAAUAUGACGCUCUCUCGUAUGCCUGGGACGUGCCCCCGCACGUGAAGCGACCGAACCGCCGCGUCCUUGUCGAAGACGGCGACGGCAAGCGCGCGUACCUGCUCAUCUACCGUCCGCUGGAGCUCGCCCUCUUGCAGUUCGCCGCCGCCAAUGCCCGGAAUGAGGAGCAGAAGUACGAGCUCCCCAUAUUCGUCGACCAGAUCUGUAUCAACCAGGAAGAUGACGACGAGAAGGCGCACCAGGUCUCCCUGAUGCAGGCCAUCUACGCACACUCGCACCGCACCAUUGUCUGGCUCGGCCCCGGCACCGCCUCCUCCAAGGCCUGGUUCGUCUACGUCCGGGCCCUCUGCGCCGACGGCGUCCUCGGCCGGCUGAUGGGCCCGCGCGUCGCGAGCAUCAUGCGCAUCUACGACGCCAUCGCGCACCCGGGCUCAGUCGCCCUCACCGACCCCGUCGAGAUCCAGGACCAUGACGAGCUGCUGGCGUUGACGGAGCGCGUCGCCCUCCGGUAUCCCAUCGCCGCCUACCUGGCCCUGUUGCAGCGGACGUGGUUCGGUCGGCUGUGGACGAUCCAGGAGGUCUGCCUCCCGCGCGAUGUCCUUAUGGUCUGCGGCGACCAGUCGCUCUGCUUUUUCUGCUUCCGCGUCGGCAUGUUCUUCUACAACGUGCAAAACAGCUACUGGCUGCGGCAGAACACGGCGCCGGUGUCCAGGCAGGAACUGUGGAUGCGCAACGCGGUGUUUGAGGCCACGGAAGGGCCGCGCCGGAUCCACACGGAACGCAGGGCGAUUCAUGGGACCGUCGGCCCCGCGCCGCUGCACGAGAUAACGAUCAAGCACAGCCUGGUCAACGAGGCGGGGUGGAAGGUCGGCGCGUCGCUGGCGCAGGACCGCAUCUACGGUCUCCUCGGCCUAACGGCGCCCACCGACCCUGCUAGAAAUCGACUCGGCAUCUACUACAACAACGAGAACCAGGAGGCGGCCCAGGUCAAGGCCUAUACCGAAGCGAUGUUGCUCUUCCUGGAACAAGGCCGCGCGGACAUGUUGCUGUUUAAUCAGUUCCCGAAAACGACGGCGGGACUUCCCUCGUGGGUGCCGGACUGGGCCAUGAAACUGGCGCUGCCGGUGGCGUGGACGGCGUUGCACGAGCCCGCGUUUGCCGCUGGAGGCUCGCAAGCCGUUUCACCCGCCAAGGUUGACGCAUCGACGGGAAGGGUUACUCUCACCGGGGUCUUGAUCGGCCGCGUUGCCGCGAUUGGUCGAGCAACGUAUGACACCCAUGACGGCCCGAACCUGAAGCAGAUCAAGUACGACUCCGCCAAGCUCGUAUUCGACGAGGUCGACGAUUUUGUUCGCUCUACCUUGUCUCACAGCUCCUCCGCCACCGCGACGUCGCCCUCCCCCGAAACCGUUUCCCACAUGAGCCUCCGCGUAUACGACUCCGGCCUCAGCGCGUGCCACUUCGCCGCCCAGUGCGGCUCCUCCGACACCGGUAUGCAGCGGCUCCUCGAGCUGCAGUCUUCCAUCUUCGCUCUCGGCGCGCGGCUCCUCCGCAGUGCCGCCUUCGCGCGCUCCUACUCGCUGCGCCACAUCUACGCCACCAUUGGCAUCACGCCCUGGUACGUCGACUACUACCACGCCACCACCAUCCUACAUGGCCUCGCCCGCGGGCCCGUCCCGCUCGCGCGCACCGUCGUCCUCGCCAUCGCCGACCUCGUCGCAGACGUCGUCGGCGUCUGCGCCGCCUCGGCACGCGUCCGCCUGGCCACCACGUGGAUCGCCCUCCGCGCCCGCUUCGCAAGGCCGCGGCUGCACGUGCCCGAAGCCGAGAUGCGCAGCGUGGGGCUGGACCCGGACACGGUGACGGGGGCUGACAUGGGCGCCUUCCUGGAGAACCUGCACCGCAACGUCGGACGGCGCGUGUUUCGGACAGACGGCGGGGCGGCGCCGCGUGUGGGCAUGGGUCCGGGGACGAUGCGCGCGGGGGACGCCGUCGUGGUGCUCAACGGCCUGACCGUGCCGAUCAUCCUAAGGCCUGUCGACGGGGGCAAAGGGGAGUGGACGGUCGUGGGCGAGGCGUAUUGCGAUGGAGUCAUGAAUGGCGAGGCCUUGGGUGUGAAUGAGCGGGAAUUUGUGCUGGUCUAG